AUGUCAAAAACUAGUACUUUCAAAGUUCUAAAUAUGAAUUCUUUAAAAUGGAUAGUGAUCAGUGAUGAGUACAACAAAAGUCAAGAUGAUGAUAUUAAUGAAGUCGCAAAAUCCGAUAUCUGUAUUAAAGUUGAAAAGAAUGCCACCGACUUACUUUCUACUAAGAAUGAAACUGUAAAUCUUAUCUCAAUUUUUGGCCCGGCAAGAACGGGAAAAUCGACGUUCAUGAAUAUCAUAGCUGGUGUGGAUGAUCAUGAUAAUGAGAUUUUCAAGUCCUCUUCUGCUCUAGAGACAGUUACAACAGGAGUUGAUAUUUCCGAAACAUUCUUGCCACUUAGAGAAUUUUCAAAGUUAAACGAUAAUCCAGAAAUUGACAGCAAUAUUUUAGUUGGAUUUAUCGAUACAGAAGGACAAGGCAAUAAGGGCGAUGAGUUUGAUAUUUAUCUUUUCUCUCCAAUCCUUGUAACUUCGAAAAUUGUAAUUUUCUGGUGGCCUGGAAUGCUUCAAUUAAAUACAAUACUUAAUAAUCUGGGUGCAAUAACAACUUCGGCGAAACGAAUCACACGAGGCACUCAGGAUCAACACCAAAAUACAAAACCAUAUGGUCAUCUCCAUAUUAUUUUCAGUUCUUGGAAUAAUAACAAUACACCAGAUGACGUUAAAAAGUUACUGUUAGAGCCACAAGCUGUUAAUAGAGAGAAAGACAAAGAACACAACAGCAUUCGUGAACUGUUGAAUGAUUGUUUUGAAAGUAUUGAUAUAUGGCUUUUUCCGGCAAAUGGCCUAAUGCAAGCCCGCGAAAGAUUACUCUUUGAGGACUUCAAUGAUAAUUGGAAGCAAACAUUUAGAGAUAUGCGCAAAAAAAUUUCUGAACAAUUGAGUAUUAAUAAACCAAAACAUAGUGCCGAGAAACCAUGGACUGGCCGUGAUAUUGCUGAGUUUACUGAAUUACUGUGCAAGACACUCACUAGCUCGGAAAAUUAUGCAAUUACUUCUAUUUUUGAGAGAAUGCAAUAUAUUCGCGCUAAGACGUUAGCCAAAAAUGCAUUGAAUGAUUUUCGUGCACUUAUUAACGAAAUGAAAUUUCAAUAUAAAGCAGAAGGAUGUGACUAUGAAGGCAUUAGUGCAUGUUUAUGCAAAGAAUUAGAAAAGUUUAAAGAAAUGUUGAAAUUGGAAAGUUUUUCUGACAAAGUAGUGAAUGAAAUUUAUGCAAUUUAUAGCAAAUCAGCCUGCUUAAUAACAAGUGAUCUCAAAACGAAAUUCACAAAACUAAUUAUAGAAGUGCAAAACCUUCAGAAACAAUUUGAUGAAUAUAUAUCUAGUAUAGAGUUCCCACUUUUAAAAACUGAUCUUGCAAUGUUACUCAACGAACCGACUCAACUGCUAUGGUGUGACUUUAAUGAGAUAGUCAGGGAUAUUCCAAAGGAUCUCGUACAGCAAUAUCGAAAAGAACUUGAGAAUUUUGUGCAGAGAAAAACUCAGUACCUUGAAAAAGAAAAUGAAAAAGAAAUUAUUUCUUUUGCAGAAAAUAAAAUGAAAGAAUACUUAGAAAAGUUAGUUAAGAAAUUAGAAAAGCGAUUACCAAUGAAGGAAAACAAGCUUAAGUCUGAGUGGCUUAUAUCAUUUAAGCAAAGCGAAGAAGUAUAUUUUAAUUCAUAUGCUUCUUUUAAUAACUUUUAUGAAGAUACAGCGCUGCCUGGCAAUCUGCAUAUAUUGGCAGACUCAUUUUUGGAAUCGUUAGUGGAGAAUAAUAGUACCGCUUGGGAAAAUAAAGCCGAUGAAUUUAUAAAACGUGCUGGAAUGCAGUUUAAACAGGCCCUUGCUUUCAAUUUUCCGGUUAAUGACAAAAAAAUAUUUAAUAAUGUAGUAAUUGAACAAUACCUCCAAGAAGAAAUAUUAAAAUUUUCGUACAAAGCAUCAAAUAUUUUUCCACACACAAUAAUGAAUAAUAUCUACACUAAAUAUAAGAAAAUAUUCAGCUUUAUCGUAACAAAACACCAGGAGGAAAACAAUAAAAAUAUUAAAGAAAAUCCCAAAAAAAUCGAACGGUAUAUUUUAGACUGGGAUAUUCUUUUAGACGCCAAUGUAAGAAAUGAUUUAGAACGAUGGCAACACGAAGUUGAUGAGCUCUUAUUCAUUAGUACUACUAUACCUGGAUUGGCUAACCUUCCAUCAUUUCAAUUGCUGUGUAUUUGCAACGACCUUAUAAAUUUAGAUGCAAUAACUGUUCCAUCAUCUUUUAGAAGGACUGUUAGGUCAAUUUUAAGACGUGAUACAGAAAACAUGUUAUCUGAACAAUUUGUCAUUGAGAUUUUGAAAAGUCUUGAAUCAAAGGAACUAAAAUUUGUGCAAAUGCUGUUCAUAAGUCGUUGUCUUGGUAUUAUGGCACCCACAUUUCCGAUUCGCCAACUUUUUUAUAAACUACUUUUUGAAAAUAGGCCUUUUGUUUUUGCAAGUCCUAUCAUUAGGUAUAUUUUCUUCACAGAAAAUGAAAAAUAUCAAGAAGAAGAGCAUAGAAAUGCAUUUUUUGACUUGAUCAAAACUCCACAGAUAGUUUUUGAAAGUUCACUGGAUCUGAAGAUUAUCAAUGAUCUAUUAAGAGAAAAUGAUUUAGACUCGAAAAUAGCCGCAUUGUCUUGUGAUAUCAUCCAAAAAACAUUCUUUGUUGAUCAUAAGCUAGAUGAACUGCAUCAUAAUUUUUCCAACGCUGUUAAUUCGUUGUCUAUCACUAUUGUAGAACCAUUACAAAUUAUAUCCGCUAUUGCAUUUCUAAAGGAAUAUGUACGCACCUUUUGCGAUGAAAACAAAAUUACACUGAAAGAAUAUGUACGAAAUUUUCGCAACAAAAAAUCUACUUUCAAAGCUAAAGUGCCCUCUUUUACUUGCACAAGUGAAAUUAUACGUGACAUUAAUGAUCUCAUGAAGUUAAAAUGUUCGAGAAUUCAUUCUCUUAAAAUAUAUUUUCUAAAAUACCUUCGUUCCUGUGAUUUUUCAAUGCAAGAUAUCAAGGACCUAUGUGAAUCACAAGAGCAACCAUUCCCCUGGCUUAAAGAAAUAUCCUGGGGCGAUAAGGUUAAUCGACUUUCUUUCAACCCAUAUUGGUUGCAUCAAGACUAUAAAUACGCAGAGGAUUACUAUUAUCACAUUUAUAACAUUUAUGAAGCUGACACUAACAUGAAUUUUGCAUCAUAUCUGGAAAUGGAGAGAUCAAAAAUGCCGAAUAUGAUAUAUAAGAUUCUUGAUUGGGGUUUUGGUUGGCCAAAUAAUAAAUUAUUGCAAAAAAAUGAUCUCGUUACAUUUGCUGGAGUAAUUGUCGUCCGUCUACAUUAUAUAAGGGCUUCACGCAAAUGGACAGACAAUGAAAAGAGAAUAGUUAAUUGCUUGACUACGGAAAUAGAAGCCAUGAAUGUUUCGCCAAUAUAUAAAAAUAUGCUUAAAAAGCUGCUAUCAAAUUCUAAUUCUUUAAUUCAACUACUUGAAGAAGAUGAAGUCAGCCCCGAAGACAAUACAAUUGACGAAUUUCUGAUGAAAUCAGUCAUUGUGCAUUUAAUAAUACUGCAUUCUUCCAUUCAGAAUGAUACAAGUCCACUUGCAGCUUAUCUUCAUCAGUUACAAGUUUGUCAAAAUGACUUUAUUCUGACAUGUCCCUCAGACGUAGAAGGUGUUGUUAUGAAUGCAGUUGCUUCUUUCAGAGAUGAUAACGGUGCGGAAAGCGGUGUUACCAGGUAUCGAUGCAUAUGCGGUGAAAAGUUUAUCGUUCUUGAUUGUGGAGACUUUGCAAAACCUGGAGAAAGAAAUUCUAUUAGUAUUUCAGGUAAAUGCCUGAAGUGUAAGAAAGUGAUUGGCUAUGGUUCAAUUGAAGGUGAUUAUACACGUUUGGACGCAAAAAAGAUUACAUCCGUACCAAUCAAGCACGAUCCUGGAUACAUAGUUAAACGAAUUUCAAAUGAAAAAACACAUAAUGUUCGUAUGAUGACACCACAAGCCUACCGCAUUUUACAUUUGUUCGUACAUACACUUCUUGGUGCAUCUGUACCAUCAUCCAUUGCAUCAAAGUUUUUCGCAAAGAAUGGUAAUAGUGUAGGAUGCCCAAUGAAAUAUUGCCUUAAUCAUAUUCGCAAUGACUGGAAGAUACUUAAGGAGAUUUUUAAUUGUAACAAUGAACAAUUGGCCCUAAUUUUGCACUCUGUUAUUUCCUCAAUGAUCAAGAAACCGGCAUCAUAUGAAUGGCGAUUGGAUACUCCAGAAAAACGAGAAGAAUGGGAAUUUCAAUUUAGUAAAGAAAUAGAUAUUCCUAAUGUAGUAGUUAUGACACAAAAUAUCCGGAAUAAAAUGUCGAAAGAUAGAAUAAGUUUGACUGAGGAAGAGAUCGAUGAUAUUUUGUCAGUAAAGGACCAAAAAUACCAUCAUGAAAAUCUGCUUAGGCUCUGGAGAAAGAUCAAAGAUGUGGAUUUUAAAAGUUUAAGUGCUUACUAUUUAAUUGAUAAUAAUAACAAAGCUAAAUUUCCUUUCUUGGGGGUUUUUUUCCGAUACAAAAAGAAAUUGCAUCUCAUAAAAAACAUUUUUCCAAUUUUGAAGUUUGUCCAAAUUCUUAAAACACGUUUAGAGUAUCAAAUUACCAGGCAAGAAGCUCGUGAAAUGACAUUUGAUAAUUUUAUAAGCCAAGAAUCAAACAACGGUGAGCUCCAAGAAAUAUCUUUAGCAUUGAAUUCUGCUUUUAAAGCAUUUGCAGAGUCAUGGAAUAUGGUGGUACCAUAUGUAAAAAGAUAUCAAUGUCUACAAUUCGAGACAAUUCCCCAAAUAUCAUACAGCUCAUCAGUUAUGUUUGGUUUGGCAGAAGAAAAAGAUGUUGGGAUCUACCUUUGCGCAAUUAUUUCUUAUCUGACUGAACUGCAAAAUCAGUUCUUGGAUGAAACAAUCGCUAUUCCUUUUGGCUUGUGUCGUUCGCUCAAAUUUUUAGAAACUAAUGUAGAAAACAUACCUUCAACAUCUACAGCCCAAAAUGAUGAUGGAAUACAAUAUUAUCUUCAAACAGUUCAGAUUCAGCACGCACAGCCUACCAACUUUAUCGACUACGAAUGGAAUGACAAAAUAUUGCAAUAUAGCCAACGGAAUUUAGAGAUCCGCUAUGGAGAGGACAUAGUAUUUGAUCUAUAUCAAAUUGAAAAAGAACUUGCACAUCAGCUGGUUUUUAAUAAAUUCCUUAUUAGUAAUACUUUUAACACAUCAUUUCGGUUCCCUUAUUAUGAAGAGAUGUUCUUGCGGGAUUUUAACAUUUUAACAAAUUUCGAAAAAUUUGUUGCUCAAGAGCCACUUCCAAUUGCAAGUAUAAACUCUUCAGACCUUUAUAACCAUGUGCUUGAUAAAUUAUUUUCGUCUGAGAAUGCAUCUAGAAUGCUCCCUGCCUUAGAAAUGAUAAUAUGUAAUGUCAACUUUGAAAUGAAUGGUGAGAUAUCUAUCAAGGGUUAUAUUUCUCAACAAAUGAAUUUGUCAAUUUUUACAGAAAAUGCAGAGUUUUGUGGAAUGUUUAGUGCUGAUUUACGCCUCAAACACCUUAUUAGCCUAUAUGAAAGGGCGGAAAGUAUGAAAGCAUUUAGUUUUAACGACAUAGACGCAAAGUAUAGGAAACCAUUAUCGCGUAACAUGAAUAUUCAGAUCCUUGAAGUUAUUGCCUUUGAAAAGCAAUUUAAGAAUCAAAUUUCUGCUUGUGAGUUAUUUAUUGCAUUGAAGCGAUUUUUGGCCCGUUAUCUGAUGGCCGAAUCUUUAGAAUAUAUAUCCACAAAUGAUAAACUAAUCAACUAUAUAAUUGAUGAGGAUUUGGGUUGUUGGCCUUCGAGCAGUUCUUUAAAAAUUGCAAAAUACUUGUUUCCAUCUGAAAUACAAGUUGGUCAGACUUAUUCUGUUUACGAACUUCUAAGUUCAAGACAAACAAGUAAUCAAUAUAGUGUUUAA